CCAAAUAACAUCUCGGAGCGUCCGUGUGGCAAGAAUGCAGCAAGCUGUGGUCUCCAAUCUGCAACCUAUCACCGCAUCCCCGGGUGCUCCAGGAGGCAGGUUCACAUGGACCAAUGCUUCUGGCCGGCCUAGGCGAGGCUCGGUGAAGGUCCGGUCCAUCAGGAACGGGUCCACUGAUAAUCUUGACCAUCUUCGGAGAGCCCCGACUGUCAGAAAGCAGCAGCAGCAGCAGCGAGGAAAUGGAAAUUCUCCGAGGAGGAGGGUCAUCCAGACCACGCCAUUUGGACUAUGGGACAGCUUUCCUGAAGCAAGAACGCUGAAUCAAAUGAUGCGGACCAUGGAGCGCAUCGUAGACGAGGACGACGACGACCGCCGCCCGCUGGUGGUGCCGGCCGCCAUGGUGUCGCCGACGGUACAGCGCGCGGACAGCGCGGCCACCGCCUACCGACGGGGACGGACGCCGUGGGAGAUCAAGGAGCGCGCGGGGGACUACCUGGUGCGGUUCGACAUGCCGGGCAUGACGAGGGAGGACGUGAGGGUGAGCGUGCAGGACCAGACGAUGGUGGUGAUCGCCGAGAAGGCGGAAAAGCAAGGAGAAGAGAAUGGAGAGAAUGGGAAAGAGGAAGAGGAGGAGCCGUGGACGGCGGCGAGCUACGGGCGGUACAGGACGCGGGUGGAGCUGCCAGAGAACGUGGAUGUGGAGAAGAUCGCUGCGGAGGUCAGGGACGGCGUGCUCUACCUCAACAUCCCAAAGGUGUCGCCGUCCGGGGGCAAGGUCGUCAGCAUCCAGGUGCAGUGAAGAUGGAUACGCCAAUACGUAGCCGUCCUUCGUUAGAUUUCUUUUUGUAGUUACUUGAGCAUGAUCAGUGUUGUUUACAAAUGUAAAGGCAGCAGAGUCAAUCAGAAUGACUGCCUUCCUUCUCAACAACAACAAAAAGGAGAUAAAUUGCAACGAAAGAACCUCCUGUUUUCGCAUGUCCUCUAUUCAGGACUUGCAAAAACUAUUUGCUUA